GAAGCCAGCUGUUGGAAGUCUUCUCAGUGGACAUUCAUGCUUUCUUGAAGAAUCAGUACUGCCUAUGGUGAAGUAAAAUUUCUAUUCUAUUGGCUCUGGGACUUUAAGGCAAAUAAGAUUAAAUGGAACAGCACUGUUGUUUUUCACUUGCUUUAUUAAUUGUUUAAGAGGGGUUCUACUACUUGUGACAGGCAACAGAAGAAUUCAUUUGAUUCUGAGUCCCUAUUAAAGACUGGAAUAUGGCUGAAUCUCCAGCAGAUCAACUUGAAGAUACAAGUUCAGCCAUCCCAAAGACAGAUGAUGUAGCAGGUGUUGAAGGGGUGUUCACUGAUUCCUUGGGCUUUUUGGCUAUGGACAGCAAUGUGCCUGGUCUAUCUCAUGUCAUUUUGCAGAAGCUGAACAUGAAGAACUUUGAAGAUUACAGGUCAGCAUUAGAAGGAAGAAAGACUGCUUCAGAUUUUGGAAUCCGUACCUACUAUGACAUGUUCCAAAAGAUGGAGGAUACGUUUAAAUUCUGUGUUGAGUGCAAGAAACUGCCUGAUGCUUUUCCAGAUCCAAAAGCACUUCGACGCUGCAAAAGGUGCCAGAAUGUAUACUAUUGCAGUUCCCAAUGUCACCGAGCAAACUGGCCAGCGCAUAAGAAAUUCUGUAAGAAACUUAAAAUGGUAGCCAUUGACAGGCUUGUAGACUGGCUUGUCUUCACAGGUGACAUCCCAUUUCCCACUCAGCAGUGGACAAAACCUAUAUCUGAAAUAAAAAGCUGGGAUGACUGGUUCGCCAUGCAAGAAAAUCUAGAUGACAGACUCAACACUAUUUUAGCCUGCCGUUACAUGAAUAUCCUGUGGUCAAAUGCUGGGAAACCACGGCCUGAGGAUGGAGAACUGAUUCAGUCAGUGAAAAGGGUAACCUCAGAAUUCAUGUCAAGACCACUGACCAUUGGCUUUGGCUUGCAUUCAUUCAGUAUUGAUUACCACACUAAACCAGUCACAGUACAUGUUGUAGGGGCAUCUCAUACUGAGACUCUUAAUGCUAGGGUAACAGAUUAUGACGAACUGGCCCGAAUGUUUCCUGGAAACCAAGGGAUUGAAGUGGUGAUGAUUGGUCCUGAGGUCGUAGAUGGUCCAAUCAUGAGACCCCCUUUGAGGGCAUAUGGACCCAAAGGUCGAGUUUAUGUGAGCAGCUUUAAAUCACUCUACCACAUAUUCUGGGAAACUAUGGUGGAGACAGAGAGAGCAUCUCGUCCAGACAUUGUGGUGGGCUUCCAUCCAGGUUUUCAUGCCUCACAGGGUUUAGCAGAAGGCUGGCUUCCUACUCUGCUGCUUCUUAGAGACUUCAAGAUCCCAUCUAUCUUCACAAUGUACAAUGAUCAGGAGCUGAAGUAUUCCUUACAGAUCCUCACGGAGCUGGAAACCAGAAUUACUGGAUAUGGAGCAAAUCCUUUCUCUUCCCUGAAGCUGGAGCAGGUCCAAUCAAAUCCCAACAAACAGCCUGUCUGCAGUAAUGCCUACUAUGUGAUGUUCUAUGGAUUUUCUGGUUCCACAGAUGAGGUUGAUAUGGGUGGACUGGAACAAGAAGAAGAAGAUGAUGAUGAUGACAUUUAGCAAGACAUAUAAGUAGUUGCAGUGCCUUUGUUUUGUUGGGCCCUUCUCAUCACAUGUGACUUUAUGGACGUCACAUGAUACUCAGAUGUAUUUAUAUAAAUAUAUAUCAAGAGAACUCUGUUAACUGACAGGGAAAUACUUCAGCCAGUAUUCAAGUUACAUCUUUUUCAUUGAAAAUUUAUAAUUCGUACAAACUUUUUUCAACACAACACAACUUCCAGAUAAGUAAUAUUAGCAGAAUCAUUUUGAUGAAAUAAUUCUCACUAAAGUUGAAAAGGAUGAUAUCUUUUUUCAUGUUUUCUCUUCACUAUUAUCUUAGAUGUCCACUGGAAAUCAUAGCCAUUUAAAUAAUACAGAUUUUUUUGUUUUUAUCAUUGUUUUAUUCAGAUGGUACAUGCCUUUCAGAACUUAAACAGAAUUGCACUGUAAUUCUUAUACUACUAAUUACUCUCUGGAGGGAGGUAUAUAGGCUUGAAUGUUCUUAAGCUGCUCAGGUUUGCUCCCUUUGGACAAAUGGCUGACAUAAGAUAUACACUUUGCCAGGGUACUUG